UUUUCGCCCUCACGCGGCUUGCGUGGUCUUCCGGGUGUGCCGAGUACUCUGGGGGGAGAGUAUGCGAGGCCUGUCCCAUCCUUCGACGAGCCGCGCCGCUUAACGGCCGUCUCCGAGUUGUUGUUCGUCGAGAAUGAGGACUAUUUAAACCCGCGUGUUCGGCCGUAUUUAGUAUUGGGUUUCAGCAUUCCGAGAUAUCCUGUCCAGUUCGACCAUACACAACCAACCCUACGUCCAUAGUCGCCCCCGUGCCAAUAUGUCUACUAAGCCUGUUCUCCGUCCUCUGGGCAAGAAUGGCCCUCUCGUGCCGGCCAUAGGUCUCGGCUUGAUGGGCAUUUCCUAUCCGACCUACGGCACUGUUCCUAGCGACGAGGAGAGGUUUAAAUUUUUCGACCGUGCCUUGGAGUUGGGAGCUACCUUCUGGGAUACUGCUGAUCUCUACGGCGACGGAGAGGAGCUUUUGGGCAAAUGGUUUAAACAGACCGGGAAGCGUGACCAGAUCUUCCUAGCCACCAAGUUCAGCUACAUCAAGGGUAGCAAGACCUACGAAACCAAUUCGUCCUACGCCUAUACGAAGGAGGCCUGCGCCGCCAGCCUGAAACGGCUCGGUACUGACUAUAUCGACCUGUACUACGUGCACAGUGUCAAUUAUGAUACCCCUAUUGAGGAGACGGUGCGAGCCUUGGCCGAGCUUAAAGCUGAAGGCAAGAUUAGGAACAUCGGGUUAUCCAACGUAACCUCCACAACGCUCCGCCGCGCCUUCAAAAUUGCACCUGUCGCUGCAGUACAGGUAGAGUACUCGGCAUUCACGCGGGACGUCGAGGGGCCUGUCGGCACCCACCUGCUGGCCGCGGUCCGCGAACUCGGCGUCGCGCUCGUACCCUCCACACCGCUGGGCCGGGGUCUGCUCUCGACAGCGUUCAGCAAGGGUGAAACCCUCGGUGACGCCAAGGAUAUACGCCCGCUCGCCCUUCCGCGCUUCCAGGAGGCGAAUCGCGCUCAGAACGCCGCCGUUAUAGCCAAAUUCAAGGACUUCGCCGACCGCAAAGGCUGUACCGUGUCCCAACUCGCACUGGCUUGGCUCCUCAAGCAAGGAGAUGACAUCUUCCCCAUCCCAGGUACCAAGAGACUCGAGUAUCUAGAGGAGAACUGGAGUUCUCUGGACGUCAAACUUAGUGACGAGGAGGAAAAGGAGAUUAGAGCCUUCCUAGAGAGUAACGUUGUUGUGGGCUGCAGUGUGCCCCCUCAGUUCGACAACCACCGCUUCCGGGACACGAAGGAGGAGUCCGCCUGAACUUGCGAUAGGAGGGGCCGUACGGACCUAACUCACGCGGUUCAGCGCAUCUACUAAGUAUGGUCAGCCGCGUUGUAACAAACUGUUGGCGGUUUGACCGCCGUCUAUAGUACAGAAUCUAACUAUGCCUAAUAAAUAGUACCUAGUUGGCGCCGAUAAUUGCGUCAGCACCUAUUACGUUAGAUUUA